AUGGUUGACGCGAAGCUAUUGAGCGAGUCACAAACAACGGCUUUCCAAAAGAUCAUCGGUUGUCUGACAAAAUCGCCGCCUGAGAGUGGCACCACAUUUAUGGUGCAAGGAGCUGCCGGUACUGGAAAAACCUUCCUGUUGAAUCAUAUCGUCGCCCACUGCGAGAGCAAAGACAUCAAGGCGAUUGCAUUAGCUUACACCGGUAUUGCGUCAUGCUUAUUGAAGAAGGGAAAAACAGUGCACUCACAAUUCCGCAUACCAUGGAACCAAAAGCAAAUCAAGUGUAUGCUCGAUUCGACGCAUCCACUGUACAAGACCAUCGAGACGGCCAAAGUUUUGCUGUGGGAUCAAGCUGCCUUCUGCAGCAAGCAAAUCUUCGAAGAGGUUGACCGUUUUCUGCGCGUCAUUAUGAAUACAAAGCAAACGUUUGGCGGAAAAUUGAUGGUGAUCAGUGGUGAUUUCAACGAAUGCUUGCCAAUCUGCAAAAAGACCAAAUUCGAAUCAGCCGAGUCGAAUUCGCUGCUCUAUUCAAAGCUAUUCAAAGAUAUGGAAACGUUUACAUUGCACGAAAAUCAACGCUUCAAAUCCCAAACUGACUACCGUUUUUGUGUGGAAAUUGGGUGUGGUAUUCACACAGAAGUCGCUGUACCGAGUGCGUGCCGCGUAUUCAGUUUGGAUACGCUAAUUAACACCACAUAUGGCCAUGACUAUGAGUCCAUCUCAUCGAAUGACCUUCUCGAUCGAUCCCUGCUUACCGUUUGCGCCGUUGAUGCAGAGUACUUGAACAACGAGUGUAUACAGCGACUGUACUCGGCCAACAUGGUUUUUCAUAGCUUGAACUUUUUUCGCAAAAUUAAUCCUAACGAGCGCAGCCGAUUCUAUUCGAUCGAAGAGACCAUGGAGGAUCUACCAAAAUACUUCCCACCAAAGACUCUCCAGCUCAAUAAGAACUGUCCAAUAAUGUUGCGUCAGGCAUACAAAGGUUUGCCACAAGGCACUCGAUUGGUGGUGAAAAAUAUCAUCGGAACAUCGAUCAUCGCCGAAAUCGGUGCAGGACAUCGCAAAGUAAAAACCAUCAGCAUCUACCGAGUGAACACCAUCAAGAUCUUUCAACGUGCCAAUUUACAGUUUGUACGACGUCAGUUCCCGAUUUCAUUGGCAUUCUCGAUGACCAUCAAUAAGGCACAAGGCUUGCAGUUCAACCGUGUGGGUGUCUACUUUCCUGUCACAGCAUUCGCACACGGCCAAAUGUACGUUGCAUUUUCGCGCACACCUGCCAUCGAGGAGAACAUGAAGGUAUUUGUGGAGGAACCAAACGAUGGCCGAUUCACAUUCGAUCGAAUGCCUAACGUAGUCAACGGUACUGUCGCCAAGUACCUGCUGCAGAGUCAAUCAUGA